AUGACAUUCUUUAUUUAUAUCACCUCGUUGAUCUACCUUUUCUGGAUGCCAAGUCAUGUCGAGAUAAAUUCGGUGGCCCAAUUGCUGAUGAUAUUCCGAGCUAUGCGUCCGUUACGGAUCUACACAUUGGUGCCACAUAUCCGGAGGGUUGUUGUCGAGUUGUGCAAAGGAUUCCGAGAGAUUUUGCUUGUAACGAUUUUGUUAAUCGUACUUAUGUUCAUCUUCGCGAGCUUUGGGGUACAAAUUGUUGGUGGGAAAUUGGCGGCUUGUAAUGAUCCAAAUAUUACAACUCGGGAAAACUGCACUGGUCUCUUUGAACAAAAGAUUUUUGUCACAAGAAUGGAAGUAUCUUGGUGCCGCGUGUCUGGACGAACCCACGAAACUUCAACUUUGACCAUAUUGGAAAUGCUAUGUUGGCCCCUUUUUGAGACGCUAUCGUAUAAGGGAUGGAACGUCAUUCGUGAUAUUUUAUAUUUACGACAAGGAGCGUGGGCGGUCCUUUUCAUCCAUAUCUAUGUCUUCAUCGGAUGUAUGAUUGGGUUGACGCUUUUUGUCGGUGUAGUUAUCGCAAAUUACACCGAGAAUCGGGGAACCGCUCUGCUUACCGUCGAUCAAAGAAGAUGGCACGACUUGAAAGCUCGUUUGAAAAUGGCCCAACCUCUGCAUGUUCCACCAAAACCUGCCGAAAGUGCGAGGUUACGUAUCUAUCUUUACGAAUUGACGCUGAGUCGACCGUUCAAGCAGGCCUUUGCAUUGCUGGUAGUGAUCAAUUCAUUUACUCUGGUGGUACCUUGGAAUGUGGAAGAGGAAAAGCAGAGGAGCUCCGUUCUUUUCGUUUUGACAAUCUGUGCGGCACUUUGCAAUAUAUUGUUUACAAUUGAGAUUAUCUUGAAAAAGAUAGCAUUCACACCAAGGGGUUUCUGGCAAUCAAGACGGAAUAGAAGCGACUUCUUCAUUACAGUACUCGGACUGGCUUGGAUCAUCCUCCACUUCAUCUUCCAAGUCCCAGCUCAUCUCGCCGGCGGGAAAGAUACAGAAACCGAAUGGCGUAGAUUCUCCUACACUUUUGGCUACAUCGUCGUCAUCCUGCGAUUUUUCACCAUAGCUGGCCGUAAAUCAACCCUCAAAAUGUUGAUGCAGACUGUAUUGAUGUCUAUGGUUCGAUCAAUGUUCAUUAUUGCGGCCAUGUUUCUGCUAGUGUUGUUUUAUGCCUAUACGGGUGUCAUUCUAUUUGGCAUGGUGAAAUAUGGGCAGGCUGUUAGCAAACAUGUGAAUUUCCGAUCCGGUCGUGAAGCACUAGUCGUAUUAUUCCGAAGCGUUACGGGAGAAGAUUGGAAUGAUAUUAUGCAUGAUUGUAUGCGCUCCCCUCCAUUCUGCUACUGGUCUGACGGUCUCAAUUACUGGCAGACGGACUGUGGAAACUAUUUUGGAGCCGUUUUCUACUUUUGCUCUUUCUACCUCAUCAUCACUUACAUUGUCCUCAAUUUGCUUGUCGCUAUUAUUAUGGAAAACUUUUCCCUUUUCUAUUCCUCUGAAGAAGAUGCCCUUUUGAGUUAUGCGGAUAUCCGAAAUUUCCAACAAGUCUGGAAUAUUGUUGAUACCGAACAAAAGCGGUCGAUCCCUGUCCGAAGAGUCAAAUUUUUACUGCGACUUUUGAAAGGACGAUUAGAGGUCGACCCAAACAAAGAUCGAUUGCUUUUUAAGCAUAUGUGCUUUGAGAUGGAAAGACUUCAUAAUGGUGAUGAUAUCUCAUUCCAUGAUGUUUUGAAUAUGCUUUCAUAUCGAAGUGUCGACAUUCGAAAAAGCUUGCAGCUUGAGGAAUUGGUGCAGAGAGAAGAGCUGGAAUAUAUUAUUGAAGAGGAAGUGGCCAAGCAGACAAUCCGACAUUGGCUGGAGCAUUGUUUGCGAAAGUUGAAGCAUAAGCCGAAUAAUGGUGAUACGUUAAUCCCAACCGUCGUUCCACUGCAUCGUUUAUCUUGUCUGGCUGCGAGCUUGCAGCCUCCGACUCCAAUUCAAACACUACAGGCGGCUGCCGUAAUCGCUGCUCAACACCAGUCCCAGCAAUCGAUUGAAGUGAUUGAUAAUGGCGAAACAAGUCUACUAGAAGAUGAUAGACGUGGUAGUAAACGACAAAGAAACCGUCGCCGUGGCAGUAUCCCGGAACUUGUUGGGGAAGCCAAAAAAUUCAUGCUUGACAGUCUCGCAAAACGCUUCGAAAAACCAGAACCCAAAACCACAAAAGAACGACGGGCAACAAUGAAACAGUUUCAUCUACCCACCUAUGAACUACCAGAUGUGGAAGAAACACAAGAUGAAGAGGAACGACGCCAUUCUUUGGAUGCUAAUCUAAAAUUGAGCGCCAAACCGUCGAACAGCUCGUCCACCUCUCCGAACCAUCAAUCCAACCUUGGCCCCAAAGAAUCGAUUAAUUCAAUUGACUUCAAUGCCCCGUUGGUCGAUUACAGUCCAGAUGUACUUAGCUGGUGGGACUCGCUCGAA